CGAGGAUAUCAGCAUGAAAAUCAAAAUGGCGGCGAUAUGGAAAAUAUUUUCAAGAAGUAAAAAUGCUGGAUUUUUUUCUGUAAUCCACGAUCAGACAAAGAUCGCUGCCUGCAGAAAGUUAUAUGUGCCAAACAGUUCCAAGUACAGUACAGAAAGGGCGACAUCAGCGGCAGAAGAAUUCAGCCUUCGGUAUUUAGAUGGUAAACACGAAGGUAAAGGCGGAAAGAUUUUUCGUUAUAAAAUAACUACGAGAUACUACGAGCCCCCUGAUUGGUCAAGAAUCUAUAAUAUAUUGCACCGGUAAAUCCAUGAAAAAUUGAAGUUUAAUUUAUAAAAGCAAUAGAUCGCAUAUUAGUAUAUACCACACAAGUGAAAAGUGCUUUUUCGCAUGCGCUGAUUGGCCAGAUCCGUAAGUGAUUAGGGAGUAUUAAUUAUUAUUCUCUUAGCAGCCGAAGAGACUAAAUCGCGCAUCAGCAAUUUAAUUUCCCAUCAUUUUGGGUAUAUUCAAGGGAAAAAACAAUUUUUUUUGGUUUCUGCGCGACAUAUACUGAAAAAUAGUAUUCACCUUAGUGUUUGUGAAUGGUGGAUUGACCUAAUUUACCUCCACCUCUUUAAAUAAUUGUUGAAUAUUCUAAAACGAAGCUGUUGUCCCAAAGGUAAUGUAUUGUUCUCUUUAUCUAAGACCAGCAUGAAUGGGUCUGUGUGGUAAUCUUGCCUGGUUUUAUGAUGAGUUACAAUGAAAUACUUUCAGUGUGAUGAUAAAUUGUUUUCUUGCAGGGAUUGCCUUGUUUGUAAUGAACAGACCAGAAGCAAAAAAUGCCAUGAGCAAGAAUUUCCUAAGACUGGUGAGAGUCCCAUCAAGUUUGUUGUACAUAUCAGUUAAAGUAGGGGUCAUUCCACCCCUUUUUACCAAUUUUAAGGGGUCAUCGACUUUCAGCAGCUCAGCUCUUUACAUCCUAAACAUCAGUAUCUAUAUUCUCCAUGCACCCCUCUGUACAUUUCCUUUGGUACUGACAAGGAGAAUUUCUCUAACAAUCAAUAGAGCUUCUUAGGUUGGUGAUAAUUUCCUUUUAUUCUCAUGAUGGUAAUGUGUGAUUUAACAGUAUUAAUGUAAGGAGAAAUUAGAUGCUGGUCACUCUUAGGGUUUAAAGGGUCAAGAAGAAAAGGAAUUGAAAUUGCUUACACAUUAUAUUUUAUACUUCUUUCCUAUGGCAGUCCUAAUGGCUGCUUUGGGAUCACCACUUGUAGGAAUCAUUCUGUUGUGCCUAUCACCUCCAGCUAUUUCUUUCUUUUAGAAUAAUGUUGAAGCAAUUAAAGCCUUUCCCUGCUUAAGAUAGCUUCAUCUUAACAGUAACAGAGAGGGUACAGGUGAAUUGAAGAUAGUUAUACACCAGCCCUUUACAGGGUCUCAGGUUUAUACGCCUUUGGCAAAUUCUUCAUUGAGCACAGAAAAAUCUCCCAUUGCUUUCAAUUAAUAUAUUACAACUUUCUCAAAAAUAUGCACAUAUUUGAAAUGAAAUUAUGGUGUGAGUCAACAAAGAUAGAUGCACCUAGCAUCUUAGUCAUAACUGUUCACUCGAUCUUAUGAUCUUUUUUUAAAUAGAAGCAUUCAACAAGUCAGCUUCUUGUUAUUUAGUUUACAGAUGCCCUUACUUGUGUGAAGUUUGACAAGAAUGUUAGAACUGUCAUCAUCAAGAGUGAUGCGCAAGGUAUAAAUUCAGUUGUGAUAUAUCAGGUAAAGUAUCAGUGAAGGUGUAAAAGAAAUGCAGUUUUCAAGGCUAGGUGGCCCUCCAAGUUGGGAAGAAGUAGCCUGGCUGUGAACAGUAGUCUCCUCCCCUUAAAAAAAUGAGGAGUUCCUUCCUGAUUUUUUUGUGGAUAUGGAGCAGCUGUAGGUAGGCUGAGGAGAGCUCAUAGUUAUUUUCAUAUGGGUAAAUUUGCUGCCUCUUCCAAAAAGGGAUGCCUGAUUAUCUCUAGCAACCUCCAGCAGUUUGUCAAGUUUUCUUGGCAAUUUGCAAGGAGCACUAUUAAUCCCUGUGAUUGGAGAAAGACAGUGUUGAAUGAGGACACAAUAUGGUGAUCCCCUAUACCAGUGCUUCAUAAACUAAUUUUAGGCCAAAAAAAUUUCAUGCUUGUUUUUGAUUUCUGACCUUUUUUUUCCAUUCAUAGCUAGGGCAACACUCAAGGUUUUUUUUCUUUCAUCACUCCUAGGUAUUUUCUGUGCAGGAGCUGAUCUCAAAGAGAGAGCUAAAAUGGCAGCACAUGAGGUUGGACCAUUUGUAUCUAUGGCUCGGGCUGCAAUAAUGGAACUACACAACCUACCAAUGCCUACAAUUGCUGCUCUUGAUGGCCAUGCCCUAGGUGGUGGGCUUGAAAUGGCCCUGUCGUGUGACUUUAGGAUUGCUGCAAGUAACGCUAAAGUGGGGCUGACAGAAACACGUUUAGCAAUUAUUCCUGGUGCAGGUAAACUUUUCAAGAGCUUAGCUUUGUAUGGUUUAUUGCCUCUUAUCCUUGGAAGCUAGGAAUUCCACCAUCUCUGGAUGUAAUGCUACACUCCGUGAAAAAAUUGAUGACACAUUGACCUUUCCAUGCCCCUAUUACUUCCAUUUUAUCUCUUUUGCCUUUGUUCAGUUAACCUAUUUGCCCCUUCCCUCCGAAAAAGAAAUGUUUCAUUUGUUAUUGUGAUUCUAUUAACCUGAAGAUACAUACAGGCAACAUUGACUGUGGAAGGGGGGUCUUGUCAAUGAUCUAAAGGUAUCAGUGGUAAAGACAGGGGUGUUAUUCUACACAUAACUAUAAGGAUUCUUCAAAUAUGAUUUGUCAAAUAGUCUUUGAUGCUGAUCGUAGGUCAUCACAAACUUUCUAACCCACCACCCCAUAUGCUAUCACGAGCUACCUUACCCUCCCCACCCCUCCUUAUAGCAUUUGGUAGGCUACUCUUCACUACAACAGGAAGUAACAUAAGGUUAUAUUCAGAAGGGGUUCUGUCAACAAAGAACUCAGGAUGUCUUAAUCUUGAUGUCUUAUGUCUAGUCAGCUAUUAGAAUUUUGGCCCGGAUGUCUGAAAUGAGUGACAUCUCAGAGCUUUCUCAAGGUUGUCAUAAUUUUAGGUAACAAUACGAUUUCGAGUGUAGUUUGGUGUUCAUGAGCACGAGGAAAGUUUUUAAAAGACAAGAGAAUUGCAUGCAAGUGCAAUUUGUAGUCUUUAAAAUAUUCACAAGUGCUAUUUACACCAAAUUGCACUAGAAAUCAUGUUGUUACUUGUUAAUAAUUUACAUGAAAAACACAUCACAGAAAUUCAAGAUGGACAAAAUUUUGGCAGCGUGCACAUGCUAUUUGUAAUUGCACUUGUGUUUCAUGGAAAAUGCACUGGUUUUCAGCCAAUCAGAUGUGCAUAAUUUAUUCAUGGAUUGUAUAUUAUUAGAAAGUGUAUAUAUGUGACCCUCCAUGGGAAAACGGACACUAACGCUUUUCCGUUAAACGGUCUCGAAAAACGGUUGUAAACGGAUAGUAAACGGCUAACUCGAGCGUUUAAACGGAUGCCAUAACCGCUUAAACGGAUGGCAAAAAAUUUAAACGGUUGACCAAAGUCCAAAAACGAAAAGCUUAGGCCUUCAAACGGUUGACCAAAAAUAAAAACGGAUAGCACGAAACGUUAAACGGUUGACCAAAGUUCAAAAACGGAUGGCUCACACUGUUAAACGGUUGACCAAAAAUAAAAACGGUCAGCCCGAAACGUUAAACAGUUGACCAAAGUCCAAAAACGGAUAGCUUAAACCGAGAAACGGUUGAACUUGAAACCGACAAACGAUGAGCUAAAAAUUAAUGUUUAACGGCUGUGGUUGAGCCGGCGAGAUCUUCUGCGGAAAAACUUUCAGAGUGACAACGGAUAAUUAUCCUUUAAAGCGAAAAUAUUGAGCAUGAUAAUUUGAAAAGUAAUAACUAGCAUAUACUUGCGCAUUUUAUUUCUGGGUUAAUUACUGCCGCUUUCGUGUGACAUUCAUGAAAUAAGCGCAAUUUACUGAGAAUAGUUUCGCUGCCGAAUAUCUUGAACGGCUACCGCGAGAAACUCAUAAUCUUCUCCUUUGUUUAUUCUUAUUAUUAUUGAAAAUGAACUUCACUUUUUUCCUGUUCGGAAGUUUCGGGAAACAAAGUUGCAUAUGCAAUGCCGCCACGUUGUCUGAAGCCGAGACGUUUCAAGGUCAAAUAACGCAAUGAAGUUCCAUUGCAAAUAAAAGGUCGAAUCGGUGUCACGCACCAAGCGGGGCCGUUAAAAUGAUUGUCAAUAAAACCAAGAAAGAUGAAUCGAGAUGAUAUAAACAGAAAGAGAGUAGCCGAUUUAGCAGUCCAUCGACUGGGGGUCUGCGAAAUAUACCAACCCGGAUAUUUCAACUUAACUUGUUUGUCAAAGGAUGCGACGGAAACUUGCUUACUAUGAUCACGCAAAAGAUAAAACCAAAAUAAGAUACGGUCUUUCUGUAUUUCAAGAACCGGCGAGUAUCGAGCGAACGUAAGAUUGAUAGGCAAACAGUCCAAAGCUUUCCGUGGAACUUUAAACGGAUAGCUUUUUUUUUUAAAACGGGUAAGCAAACCGUUUAAAUGUUUUUGCUAGAGCGUUGAACGGAUGCAAAUUUUUUUAAACGGAUGCAAAUUUUUUUAAACGGAUGAACAAACCGCUUAAACGUUUUGGCAAAAGCGUUAAACGGAUGCAAAUUUUUUUAAACGGAUGAGCAAACCGCUUAAACGUUUUAGCUAAAGCGUUAAACGGAUGCAAAUUUUUUUAAACGGAUAAGCAAACCGUUUAAACGCUUUCAUGUACCGUUUAAACGGAUAUAAACGGAUAGUAAACGGUUUUGCAGCUUAAACGGAAAAGCGUUAGUGUCCGUUUUCCCGUGGAGGGUCACAUAUGAUCUGAACUAAGUAGGCAGCUGUAUAAUUAUGUUGCAAGCAUGAUGGUUGCAAAGCAACAGGCUUUGACCACAAUUCACCGAGUCAAAUGCACAAUGGUCUGACAGCCUGUGGGUUUCCACUACUUUUGUUUAGGAGGGACUCAACGUCUACCAAGGUUAAUAGGUGUCUCAAAAGCCAAGGAGAUGAUUUUUACAGGCAAAAUGAUCAGUGGCACAGAAGCUGAAGAAAUAGGUUUAGCCGAUUAUGUUGCAGAACAAACUGAAACUGGUGAUGCAGCAUAUCAAAGAGCCCUUGUUCUAGCUGAAGAAAUUCUUCCCCGAGGACCUGUUGCUGUGAGAAUGGCCAAACUAGCAAUUAACAAGGGAAUGCAAGUAAGUCCUUUGUAUUUUUUAAACCCUAAGAGUGACUAACAUCUAAUUUCUCCUUACAAUAUUAAAAGUCAAACAUUCAGGUGAGGAGAAUACACUUUAAGGUCAUGAGAAUAAAAGAAAUGAUCUCCAACUAAAGAAGCUCUUGAUUGUUACACAAAUUCUCCUUGUCAGCACCUUAGGAAAUGUAUUGAGAACAACAUGGAGAAUAUGCAUACCGAUGUAAUAAUUCUCCCCUCUACCUGCUACACAUGUCCUUGUAAAUUAGUUAUGAGAAUUUGGUGUGAGAUCAAGGUAACAACUUCUAAAUGGUAAGUUUGAAUAUUCUCAUUACCUGUUUGCUGGCUGAUAUAAGGAUAUUAUGGGGAGAAGUUUCAUGUUGAUCACUUCUGGAAGUUAAAGUAUUAAGUGCACUCACAUAGUUGACGAAGUUGUAAAUGUUACAGUUAUAAUUAUGGUUUUGUUCCCAGGUUGACCUCACAUCUUCCAUGUCAUUUGAAGAAGGUUGUUAUGCUCAGGUAUGUGUGCAAAUAUUUACAUGUGUAUGUCUUAAAAUUGAUGAAUAUUAUACAGUAAACAAGUUGAACCAAGGAGUACUUUUGGCAAUUAACCCUUUCACUCCCAAGAUCUCAUUAGUAAUUCUCCUUACUGUCUGACAUAUAACUCUUAUGAUGUUAGUUCAGAGAUUUUGUUAUUGGAUCAAUUAAUGAUCCCCCAAUUGAUAUUUUUCUUUAUUCUCAUCACUUGUCUACUUGACAUUGUAUUGAUAUUUUAAAGAGAAAUUCUGUUUUGGUCACUCAUGAGAGAUUAAGGGUUAAGUAAGGAGACUCAAGCACUUGAGUGACUAACAGCUGUUCAAAACAGAGUUGUAACUUAAACCUUUACUGACAAAUCUCUCCUCACUUGAGUCUGAUUAAUGACUUCUACUUAAGUUGUGGAAAUGUUAGUGACUGUGAGACAACUUAUAGUCUUUGUCAAGGCAAACUGAACCUAUGAUCAGACUACAUGAUCAAUUUGUGAAUGCUAGGAAAAAAGAACUGAUCCCUAAAGGUAAAGGGAUCCCUUAAAGAAAUUGCAGAGAAGACUUUAAAAAAAAUUCAGGUUUUGACAGAAUUUAAACCAAUAUUUUCUAUAGACCCUACUAGUUGUGCACUUUAACUACAAACAGGACCAUAUAGAUACAUGUUGAGAGUGCGGGAAAUAUUAAAAUGUUUUGGUAUUUAAUUGAAUGUACAACUAUGUUGUUAUAAUUGAAACUUGUAACUCUUCAUCCAUCAGGUUAUACCAACCAAAGACAGACUUGAAGGUCUGAAAGCGUUCAAAGAGAAAAGAACACCGCAGUACACAGGGGAAUGACACAGAUAACUUGGUGGAAAAGCAUGGACAUGAUGAAGUUAAUGCACAAGGAAACAAAACCAAGACUCUGGUUAACCCUUUGACACUAAGAGUGACUAGCAUCUAAUUUCUCCUUACAAUAUCACCCCUGAAUCAAGCAUUAAGGUCAGGAGAAUAAAGGAAAUGAUCA